AUGGAAAGCAGUCCCAGACCAGCGCCAGAAUCGGAGGGUACAACAAUUGGCCGCAAUUCCAGGGAUACAAGUCAGCAGAACAUCAGGGCAAACCGAAAUCAGCGAACAUCCAGUGGCGGCGGGUUUUUGCUUGAUUCUGUACAUCCCACGAAUCUACGACAUGGCCAACAACAGCAUACGCAUCGAGCGCAUGCGACGGAUAGCGAGAAACGUCGACAGGUUGACGAUGAAAUCAUAGUUUCGAAGAGGAGGGCAACACCUGACCGUGGGAUUCAACCACAAAGAAGAAGGUCAUUGAGAACGUCUCCCUUGGCCGCGGUGACGAACGUAUCGAACUCCGAAGGUCAUGACUCUAGUCAAAACGAAUCUGCGACUUCGAGACAUGCCUCUCGCAACUCAUAUGCUUCUUCGACCGUUGGACUGGAUACGGAUCAGGUACAAAUCGUCAAUCUUGCAUUGAAUCUAAGUGAAUCGAGGAGGAGAGCAACAGCCAAUGCGGGUCGAGUGCCGUCCAGUCCAUUGCCAGGACUACGACACUCUAGUUUAUAUCCCCAGGAUAAUAGACUCUCUCGCAAUAUUGGUCCUUUACCGCAGUCACUACCGCACGGAUCAAUAUCGAAUAAUCAUGGAGUUGCUGGAAUGUUACCGAUUUCCGACUUGCAGGAUGUGGAUAUUGCCUGCUCACAAGCGACGUUGGCGAGGAUAGAAAAGGCGAAGCAACAUUUCGAACUAUUCUCGAAAUAUUUGGAGUUGUUGUCUUAUCUACCUCCGCUCCAGCCGUCGGAUAGCGUACGAUCUACUUCUGGUAGGGCAUAUAACCCUCUUCAAGCUAUCCGAAACAGAAAAAUACGCAUGAGAGAGAAGAAUCCAAAUAUCGACCCGGAAGGAUGGCAAGAUGUGUCGAAAGUGGAAGACUGGCUUGCGUCAGUAAAGGCAGCCAAGCCGCAGAAUAACAAUGAUCCAUAUCAGUGUAUAGCACUUCCACCUUUUCAAGAUGAUCGGGAUGGGGGAUUGGUGGAGCAGCAGGAAUCAUUGCAAACGGCGUCAUCACCGUCGUCUAGCAUCAGGGGGCUGAACCGAUCUAAUACGACAAAGAUGCAAAGACCACGGCUGGAAUGGGUCAUCUCUCCAGCAGAGCUACUAGCGGACGCAGUCUGGGUUGAAAGCGGCACUAAUAAGUCGAAAAUAUAUGACAGAGAUGGCGAGAAAUUGUACCCGGAUCCUUCAAAGCUCAAAUUUGCUGGAUCUCCUGCUAUUCAAAACGUUGAGGCUACGGAAAACAGAGCUAUACCGACAGAGCCUAGUAACCUGCCGAACUUCGCUAACAAACGUGAAGCACGCGCCAGCCAUAUGCAUCAGUUGAAACCAUCCAAUGGACUUGCUUUCGGCGGUCAGGGCGACUAUGCUCCCAAAUGGACACGCUCAAGUAGUGUUUCCGACGACUCAAGCAGUGAUGACAUGAUUUCACGCGGCAGAGCGCGGCGGAUAAGCAGAAAGGCUAAAAUGAAAGCUGAAGCAGCAAUGCAAGCCGAGAAACUGCAUAGAGUGUUACAUGGACAUUCCGACUCAUCAAAUGCGGGUUCAAGGCGAUCCAAAACCAUGUCCCGAACAUCCUCCGUCAAGGCUGGUGAUGUCGUCGACAAGACUCACAUGCUGGCUUCUCCAGCGGGAAGCGUUACAGGCAGGGAAGAGCAUCGGAUGUCUCUUGAUGAAAUGGACAGUACUGCGCCGAAUUCACCGGCUCAAGGCCCUAUAUUUCCAAGUAUCACGGCCAAUUUAUCACCACCUUCUAGUCGAUCGCCAUCACCUCAGAAACGACUCCCGCGUAUCAUGGAGACAUUACAUGAGAAAGCAAAACCUCGACGACACGGUCAUUCAGAUCAUGGAGAAAGAUUGGACGAAAGUCCCUCUGCUGAUCCUCAACUCCGCAAGAGAUUAACAGCCGAUUCCAGUAAUACUAGAGGUAGCAUAAGCCCUCGAGCACUUGAACCGAGUCUCAUGCCAGAAACACCGCUCGGACAAGAUGAAAUGUCACUCGAUACCUUCCAUCGGAGUGAGAGUCUUGGCUCCUUCAAGCCGUAUGCAAAUAACGAGUCGAGACUCAAGGGUUUCUUGAAGAAUAGUCGAAUAGCCGAAAUCGUGGGCAGCGAGGUAUCCAAAGUCGGGGAUAUGAUUCGUCGUAAAGACGGGGGUGGGCAUUCGCGACAAUCGUCUUAUGCGUCGAGCAUUGAGUCUGAUCUUCGUGAUUCAGACGAGGAUCGGAGCGAGGGGGAAUUGACGCCUAGCAAGCGGAAUCAGAUGCGUAGGGGAAGUACAUUCUCUGAUAAUGAGUCUGGACUGUCAUCACGCAAGACGAAUGGACGAACAUCUACAAAGACGUUCUUUUCUAAUCUACCUUCGAUCGGAUCAUCAUUCCGCGGCAACUAUCAAGACGAACCUGCCUAUUUCGAUCGUCUUCACCCAGAGAGCAGCCGUGUCAGUGAUGUACACUUUGUCCGGGCGCAUCCAGAUCUUGCACCGCCAUCAUCUGUAGAUACAACACCCUACAUCGACCGACGAGACAGUUACGGGUUCGGAUCUGCUCCUCAUCCUGCCAGAAGAACAUAUAAAGAACGAGACGAUGAAAUCACCCCUAGCGCCGCACUGCCAGGAGGUGACGUACCCCUUCGACCUCCAGUUACAGGAUUAGCAAACGCAGAAACAUCCAAACCCGACGACAACCGUAACAGCAACCGUGUCCGACCAACCCUCAGCACAGGAAGUCGAGGCUGGAGUCUUUCAGAUCGCAGCAUCCCAACCAUGAACGACACCAAUCUCCUCCACAAACGAGAAAUCCUCCGCUGUCAAGCUCUGUUGCUUUCCUCGGGGGUAAAAGCAAACGAAAUCGUUCAACGAUACGAAACUCCUCGCGAACAUUCCUCCUCCUCACCACCAACCUUCCUCAUCAAGUCUCUAGUAGACCCCAAAGCACCAAUUCCACACUCCCUACCCCGAAUCGACGAAUUCAACUACGCCGCCCGCAACCUCCUCGAACGCCUCGAGAACACAAAAACCGGCCUCAACAAAUCAAUCUACCUCUUCUCAAAAACCACCCUCUUACCUUUGGAAAAAGAAAUCGACAUCCUCGAAGACUUCAUAACCAACCACCUCACCCCCCGAGUCCGCUCCGCCGCCCUCGAGGCAGAAACACUAAGUACCCGACUCAAUACAACAAGUACCCUCGAAAUCAAACAAUUAAGCGAUACGCUCGACAAAGGAUUACGACGACGGAAUCGUCGUCUACGCUCAAUCAGACGGAUCGGGUUCUCGCUGCUCGAGUGGACGCUUGUGGGUGUUAUGUGGUGGCUGUGGUUGAUUGUGAUGGUGUUUAACGUUUUGAGGGGGAUUGGGAAGGGGGUUGUUAAGGGGGUUAGGUGGAUUUUGUGGGUGUAACUUUUUCUUUUCUCUUUCUUCUUUUCUUUUGAUCUUUUUGGUGAUGAUAUUUAAUUUUAAUGAUUGUAUUUUUAAGUGUAUAUUUUUUAAUAUUUGACUUCCUGUUUGGCUGGAUGUCGUCUAUAGCGAGUUUUAUACCCAUCAAUGUGAUAUCUGCUUGGUCG